GUGCUAGGGUUUUUUGUGCUCUCUUUGAGGUGGAUUCUGAUCCUCCUCUUGUUACUUUUCUGAGGUAUUUUUUAGUUUUUGUGUUCGUUGGAUCCUUUCUCUUCUUCAGCAAUGGCCUCUGCAGAUGUUGAGUUCAGAUGCUUCGUUGGUGGCCUUGCAUGGGUAACCGAUGACCAAGCUCUCGAGAGGGCUUUCAGUCAAUACGGCGAGAUUAUUGAAUCAAAGAUUAUCAGCGAUCGUGAGACUGGUAGAUCUAGGGGAUUUGGCUUCGUUACUUUCCGCGAUGAACAAUCGAUGAGGGAUGCCAUUGAGGGGAUGAACGGCCAGGAUCUCGACGGUAGAAAUAUUACAGUCAACCAGGCCCAGACCAGAGGUGGUGGUGGCGGCGGAGGUGGUGGUUACCGCAGCGGUGGUGGCGGCGGCUAUGGUGGCGGCGGCGGCGGCUAUGGACGCCGUGAGGGAGGUGGUGGAUAUAGCCGCGGUGGCGGUGGUGGUGGAUACAGCCGCGGUGGUGAUCGUGGCUAUGGAGGUGAUGGAGGUAGUUACCGCAGCGGUGGUGGCGGCGGCGGUGGCUGGAGAAGCUAGAUUUCUGUUGGAGAUGUUUUAGGGUUGGGUUGGGUUAUGUCUAGGGUUUGGUUGCCAUUAUGAAUGGGUUCUUGUUCUCCUGGGUUAUGGUUCGGUUUGCUUCUGUUUCUUUUUGACCGCUGGUUCGGCAUCAAUAGUUAGGUUAUGAUAUCUUUCUGGAGAUAGUUCGUAGUCUUGUUACAAAGCUUGUGAAACUUCGAAAGAGAAAUAUUUUUGUUUUUGUUCUA